AUAUUACCGACGGCAUAGUAAUUUUGCUCUGUGCGUGCGAAAAAAGGAAGAAAGGAAAGGAGGAUUGUCUUCAACGUAGUGCCGUUACAAGAAGGAAGGCACUGGCACAUUCUUAAUUUUAUUCUCCCUACACUUUGUCCCGGUACCGCGUCAUUAACCUGGCGAAGGGUUGAACGGUUAAAAUGGAGGCGGACAGAUCCGGCGGAGGACCAAACCCGAACUUCGGAGGCGGCAGCGGUGGAUCAGGGCGCAACCCAAACGGGCCCAAAGCACCAACGGGCCAGUCAGCACCAGUAGCUGCUACUGCUAUGGCGGCAGCGGCAGUCGGGGCCAUGCCCGGAUCGUCACACCUCCGCGAAUCACAGCAGGACAGCGAUUCGGGAAUGACUCUUCCCGGGAUCCUGCACUUCAUCCAGUACGAGUGGGGACGCUUCCAGGCCGAGAAAUACCGCUGGGAGGCAGAGAGAGACGAACUUCGGGCUCAGGUAGCAUUCCUUCAAGGUGAGCGUAAAGGACAGGAAAAUAUGAAACAAGACCUAGUAAGACGGAUUAAAAUGUUGGAAUACGCUCUAAAACAAGAAAGGGCCAAACACCAGAAGCUGAAGACAGGAAAUGAUCUAAGUCCAGGUGACAAGAAGCCAGAGAUGGAAGCAGAACCAAUUCCCAAUGGCCCAGCUGAGUCAGAUUCUGAGCCAGCCAAUCAGAUGUCAUGGAAGGAGGGACGUCAGCUACUACGCAAAUACCUCGAGGAAGUUGGUUACUCAGACACAAUACUCGACAUGCGUUCAAAGCGAGUGCGCUCACUGCUCGGGCGGAACAGCCCCGAAGCAAACGGGCCGCCACCUCCUGAAUCUUCUCCGGAGCCUGACACACGAGCAAGUGGAGAAUCCUUGUUGGUCAGACAGAUAGAAGAGCAAAUUAAGAGGAAUGCAGGCAAAGAAAGCUCCAAGGAACGUCUCAGCGGCUCGGUAAUCGAUAAAAUUCCUUUCCUGCAUGGAUGCGAGGACGAUGACGAGGACGACAGCGACGAAGAGGACGACUUUCAAGGCAUGGCGACAGACUGCAUUGACGGCCCUCGCAAGAGCAAAAAGUCUCGAGUAAAGAUGGUUUCAGAGCCCAUGACCACAGACCUAGACCCGGAAGACGAGGAGGAUGAGGACGACUCUGAAGACGCCUUGAGUGAAUUUGACUUUCUGGGCUCCGGGGAGGAUGGGGAGGGGGCGGGAGAGGCCAGGAUUUCAGGGGACGGACGGGAGUUAGAGAACCGCAGGAACAAGUUGCAAGGCAUGAUGUCGGACUUCCCCGCAAAACCUGCCCCACCGCCCUCUGUAUCGGGACAAGCCCGCUCUGGAGAAGGUGGUGCCUUGGGUUUCUCCUCAGAUGUUUUCAUCAUGGAUGCAGUCGGAGGCGGUGACAUGAACUUGGGUGAACUGGCUGAUCUCACCGUCGCCAAUGACAACGAUCUCUCCAUGGAUAUGCAGGAUAACAGAGAGGAGUUCAAGAAGACGUGGAACCCCCGUUUCACACUACGUAGCCACUUCGAUGCCAUCCGUGCUUUGACGUUUCACCCCAGUCAAGCGGUGCUGCUCACAGCCUCUGAGGAUGGAACAUUAAAACUGUGGAACCUUAAUAAAUCUAUGCAUUCUAAGAAGAACGCCGCGUUAGAUGUUGAGCCCAUCUACACGUUUCGAGCGCACAGUGGUGCAGUUUUGUCACUAACUAUGGGAGAAGAUGGAGAUUCCUGCUACAGCGGAGGCCUGGAUGGAAGCGUGCGGUGUUGGAAGAUGCCAGACCUCAACGUGGAUCCGUAUGACAACUACGAUCCUGGUAUCGAGAGCAGCGUGCUAGCAGGCCAUGAAGACAGCGUGUGGGGUCUCACAUACUCUGCAGUCCAACAUCGGCUUGCAUCGUGCUCAGCGGAUGGCACCAUUCGCAUCUGGGACCCACGGAACUCUGCCCCCUGCCUGUCUGUCUUCAACAAGGAGAGAGAACAUGGAACGCCCACCUCAGUGGCCUUCGUGGCCUCUGACCCCAACCAAGUGGUUGUGUCAUUUGACGCAGGCGAAACUCUUCUCUACGACCUGAACACCGAGCAGAGUGUCACAGCACUAGAGACGCAGACCAAGGAUGGAAGUGAACUAAUUAACCGUGUGGUCAGUCACCCAUCUGAGCCCCUCUCUAUCACUGCACACGAGAACCGCACCAUCCGCUUCUUAGACAACAAAACGGGUAAAGUGGUCCACUCCAUGGUGGCUCACCUGGAUGCAGUUACAUGUCUUACUACAGAUCCUAAAGGCACUUACCUCAUCUCUGGCAGCCACGACUGCUCAGUACGCCUAUGGAUGCUCGACAACAGGACGUGCGUCCAGGAGAUUACUGCCCACAGGAAGAAACACGACGAGGCCAUUCACGACGUGGCCUUCCACUGCUCUCAGCCCUUCAUUGCCAGCGCCGGCGCCGACGCACUUGCCAAGAUUUUUAUCUGACUGAACUUCGGUUUGAUCUAACACCCGCAACUGGGCUGAAAGAGACUACAGUGGACGCCAGUUCUCUACAGACAUACAGUUACUCUCUUACGCAUACACACACAUACAGGCGUACACACACACACUGUUGUCCUGCACCCCACUGGCUGGGUUAUUGUCACAGGACGUCACCUCCCCUCACUUCCUCACUGUUUUAUGCCUCAGUGACUUCUUGUUAUAUGAACCACACUGCUUUGUUUUUUAACUCAAGAAGCUCUUAGCUGCAGCUUCAGAUAAGAUCUUUUUCUAUACUACAAUACGCUUUUCCUUUUUUGUCUGUUUUUUUUCUUGUAAUUCUGAGUAUCAAUGGUUAUAUUAAGACGGCAUGGGCACUCAUGCUUUCUAACUAAAUGAUCAUGUUUUAAGGAGUAUCACCAAGUAGACUCGUGCAUGGUGCACUAAUGCAAAGCGUCAAUCUCGUGUGGCUGACCAGGGGAUUUAGUUGUGUUAUCUAAAGGUGGAAUCGGUGUGUGUGUGUGUGUGUGUGUGUGUGUGUGAGUUUGUCACAUUCCAAAGACUCAAUGAGCAGUGCGACUGCUUUAUUUUUUCAAUUCAAGGUCCGAGAAUGUUCAACAUGCCAGUGUUUAAACUUUAUAGCUUUAAUUUUAUCUUGGCCAAGAGCCCACGACCCAGUAUCACUGUAUAAGUGUCGUACAGAAUGUUCAUCCCCGUGACUUUCUCCUCAUUUGAAGCCGAUGUUGCACUUGUAAAUCAGUAGUGUGAGAGCACAGUUCAAAGUUGGGGGGAGGGGAUGCAGUAUAAGGCCAGUUUGCGCAUUCCCAGCAAAUUGUGGUAUUUGCUGAUUUUUACUAUACAGGGGUGUGUGUGUGUGCAUGUGAGUGUAUGCGCUCUAGUCAAAUCAUGGUGCUACGAAAGCCUGAGUUAGUUCAGGGACAUUUUUUUUGCGCUUGAGAGAUUUGCAGUGUUGACGUCACUGUUGAAUCAUUUCAAUGACUUGUCAUUCAUUUCACAAUGUUGACUUUUCUAAAUUCCUCAUCAGUGGGAUUUGAGUGUGAGCUAGAUUCCUUGCUUGCUUCCUCACAUCGCGUUGUCAUUUCAUUAGUAGUCGUUGUUCUGCUUUUAGACUUAAAAAAAAAAAAAAGAGAGAGAGAGAGAGAGAAGCCCAAUGUCAGCGUAGUGAAAUUCCCACUUGUAUGGCGUGUCUAAGUUGAACAAAAGACAAAACGGUUCCCAGGGGUAAUAAAACGGUUAUGUUGUAAUGCAUUAUGACAUUGAUCAUAGGAAGCAAUCUAAUGAGGAGUAAUGGAAGAACUUCAGUUUGACUUUGUAAUCCUCGUAAAAAAUGUUCUGCUUUUAUAGGGACAUGAUUACAAAAAAUGGACAGAAUUUCUAGGCGCAACCACAGCGUUGAGGAUGUUCGGGUCGGUGGCCUCAGCUUUGCAUCUCUGCUUUUUGCAGAUGAUGUGCUGCUGUUGGCUUUAUCCAGCCGUGACCUCCAACUUUCACUGGAGUGGUUUGCAGCCGAGGGUGAAGCGGUUGGGAUGAAGAUCAGCACCUCCAAAUCAGAGACCAUGGUCCUCAGCCGGAAAAGGGUGGCGUGCCCUCCGGGUCGGGGAUGAGAUCCUGCCCCAAGUGGAGGAGUUAGUAUCUUGGUCUUGUUCACGAGUGACGGUAGGAGGGAGCGGGAGAUCGACAAGCGGAUUGUGGCAGCAUCUGCAGCGAUGCGGACUCUGCACCGGUCCGUAGUGGUGAAGAAGGAGCUGAGCCGAACGGCGAAGUUCUCGAUUUACCAGUCAAUCUACUGUACGUUCCUACCCUCACCUAUUGUAACGAGGUGUAGGUUGUGACCAAAAGGACAAGAUCCCAGAUACAAGCGGCCGAAAUAAGUUUCCUCCGCAGGGUGUCCGGGUUCUGCCUUAGAGAUAGGGUGAGAAGCUCGGUCAUCCGGGAGAGACUCUGUGUCGAGCCGCUACUCCUCCACGAGCUUAUUUGAGGUGGCUCGGGCAUCUGGUUCGGAUGCCUCCUGGACGCCUCCCUGGAGAGGUGUUCCUGGCAUGACCCACCGGCGGGAGGCCCCAGGCACGGCACAGGACACGCUGGAGAGACAGUGUCUCUUGGCCGGCCUGGGAAUGCCUUGGAAUCCCGUCAGAGGACCUGGUUGAAGUAGCUGGGGAGAGGAAAGUCUGGGCUUCCCUGCUAAAGCUGCUACCCCUGCGACCCGACCCCGGAGUAAGCGGCAGAUGAUGGAUGGAUGGAUUACAAAAAUGGGAUGGUUGCCUGUCUGUAUUCUUUAGCAGUUUCAAUAUGUAAGUCAACUUUGUGUUCUGUAGAAAUCAGAUUUAAACAAUCACUUUAUUGAUUAUGCCCAUCUGAGAAGUGACUGAAAAUUUUGUGAUAAAGGUCCGUUUUGCAACUCUUAAGAUAACAGGGUACCUUAGAGAAUAGUGUUAAACGUUCCUAAUCAGCAGGGGAGUCCAGCAUUGAGAGUUUACCGCAAAAAGGGAUGCCAUUUGUCCCUCUCUGUUUAUUCUUGUAAAACUUUAACAAUGAGAUUUUUCUGGCAAAACAAAAAUGCAACUGAAUUAGCAGAUGCUCCAUGCAUAACUGGCUCUUGUUUGUUUCAUUGUUGUUUUCUGAUAAAAAGUGUUUUGGCUAUUGAUUUUUACAAUUUUCCAGCCUUUUUCUGUUAGAUAAACAGUUACAGUGACGGAAAUAAGUAUUUGAACACCCUGCAAUUUUUGCAAGUUCUCUAACUUGAAAUUUUCAUGGUAGGUGCUUGUCCACUGUGAGAGACGUUUAAAAAAAAUAAAUAAAAUAAAAUAAAUCUAGAAAUCAUUUUUUAAACAAUUUAUUUUUUACUAUACUGCUGCAAAUAAGGGCAACUAACAGGUCUUUGAGGUUCAUGAUUCUAGCUAAUAGACAAGUGUUCAAUUACUUAUUUGAAAAAGUCCACCUCCACUCCAAUUAUUAUCCUAAACAAGUGGAGUGGAGGUGGACUUUUUGAGUCGGACUUGUUGUUACAGGAAACGUCUGACCUCUGUAAUUGUAAACAAAGGCUACUCUACCAAAUAUUGACAUUGAUUUUCUCAGGUGUUCAAAUACUUAUUUGCAGCAGUAGCCUAUAUUACAAGUAAAUUGUAAAAAAAACCAUACACUGUGAUUCCUGUUUUUUUUUUUUUUUUUGUAAAUUGUUACUUACAGUGGCCAAGAAGCUACCAUGAAAAUUUUAAACCCAUCCAUCAUUUCCAAGUGGGAGAGCUUGCAAAAUCACAGGCUUUUCUAAUACGUAUCACCUUAUGACUUGACCUUAAAAACAAACAAACAAACAAACAAAACGGCCAUGUGUGGCUCUCUUGGUUCUGUUUUGAUACAGAAAAAAAGACAACCCAUCAGACAGGAGGCGUGACUUUUGUGGUGUCAAUCAUUUUUGCGCAUUCACAGGCACACUCAUUGCAGGAAACACCCCACUUGCUUUUGAAUGCAAUUUUUUUUUUUUUUAAGCUUGUGAAACAAACAUGAUAAUAACCGCCCCUCAAUUAUGACACAAAACAAAUGGUGGCCUGUUGAUGUAGCAAUUAUGAUGGUUAACAUAAUGACAUUGAAAACACAUUUAAAAAAAACACAUGACAGAAGUGCAACAUUGCAAUUUACUGGUCUUUUUUGACAAGCCUGUUGUGUAAACACUUUACUGGACUAACAAAUGUCUAUUUUCCCGUUAGGCUUAUUCACAACGAUCAGUCGGAGGUUUAUGCCGCUUGCCCAUUAUAAGGUUGUGUAGGCUCCAUCUCACUCAUGACUUAAUGGUUUGCUGAAGGCCAAACUGAGCACUGCCUUUGAGUGCAAACAAAUCAGUGAAACGCGUAACACAAAAGGAAAGUCUGCGGAAAUAUAGACAACGCCCUCCUGCGUGCUGAAAAAGUCCCAUUUCUCUUUUGUUGGAUCUCUUUUGAUUCUGAAUGCAACUCAAGAUGUAAAAUUUUGAAUCAUUUGUAUUAUAAAUUAAUCAUUCUUCCUUACUAGGCAUAGGACUCGCUUGUGAUUGAUAAUGACAGUGUACAACUUGUUUAAAAAAAUGCAAAAAAAAAAAAAAAAAAUCAAGAAAAUGGUGGAAAACAUUAUCAGUCAGAGGCCAAGAUAAAAGACUCAUUGUUUUUAUUUUUUUAUUAGCAAUUUAUCACUGUGUGAUACUUUGUACAUCAUAUUUAGCUGUAUUCAAACUAUUUCCUCUAACUACAAUGGACAAGAGACCUGCUUUUUUAUUAUUAUUAAUUUGGUUUAGUUAUAUAUUUUUGAACUGCAUUCGAGCUUCUAUCAAAUGACUCCUGUUAUGUUUUUGUUUUAUGGGCUGCUUGUUGUAUGUCAGAUAAAAGGAUAAAAAAUGAUUUUGUACAGGAA